AGGCAGAGCUCUGGUAGAAGAAUCACGUUGACCCGGACCCGGUAUGGCCAAAUCGGAUCUGUUCCUCUGAUAUUCACAGUAUAUUUUCCGCGUUUCAUUGCUUCGUUCCUUGCUGAGGCAGGAAAGCUUGCUGGCUUAUACAGUGCAAUGAUUGUGAUUUUGCUGAAGAGUACCCUGCAAAUCGUAGCUUUGCUUCAAAUCACAUUAGUAGAAUUUGGGGGGAAAUCUACUUCUAUUUAUUUUCUUUAACAUAAAUAAGCCUAGGCGUUGCUCGGGGAUGAGUACAGCUAAACAACCAUGAACCAUAUCAACCGCAGUACAUCAUCUCAAACUUCGACUUCAGAGAAACCAAAUUAUAGAUGGCCUCUCAUUCCUCUUUCUGUCCUCAUUAUUUUGCUUUCUUUCCUGAUUUUUUAUUACUACUCUCUGUCUCUGACCACCAAUGCUCACUUUCCUGCAUCAUCCAAAACAUUAAAAUUAAAGUUCACUCGAUGUUCCAGCCAAGCACUAGCCUUAAGUGAGAAAUUCCUGUGGUAUGCACCCCACAGUGGGUUCAAUAAUCAGCUCUUGGAGUUUAAGAAUGCUAUUUUGAUGGCAGGAAUAUUAAAUCGAACUUUGAUUGUUCCUCCAAUUCUGGAUCACCAUGCUGUUGCUCUUGGUAGCUGUCCCAAGUUUAGGGUUUUGGAUCCUAAUAAGCUCCGGAUUUCUGUUUGGAAUCACGUGAUUGAACUCAUUCAGAGUGGAAGGUAUGUUUCCAUCGCUGAAAUUAUAGACAUCUCACCAUUAGUUUCUUCCUCGCUGGUUCGUGUGAUUGAUCUCAGGGAUUUUGUGUCAAUAUGGUGUGGUAUCAGCUUAGAUUUGGCUUGUUUAAAUGAUUCAAAGGUCCAGUCGUCUUUUAAUAUCAGACAAAAGCAAUGUGGUUCCCUGUUAGUGGGUGUCCAUGGGAGUGUUGACAAGUGCAUAUAUGCUGUCAAUGAAGAUUGCAGAACUACAGUAUGGACUCGCCAUAUUGGUAAUGAGGAUGGACUGUUAGAUUUGUUCCAACCUGAUGAGCAGCUGAAGAAGAAAAAGAAUAUAACAUAUGUUAGGAGACGUAGAGAUGUAUUCAAGACUCUUGGACCUGGUUCUGGGGCUGAGUCAGCCUCACUGCUUGCAUUUGGAAGCCUUUUUACAGCCCCAUACAAAGGUUCUGAGUUAUAUAUAGAUAUCCAUGAAUCUGUUCAGGACCAAAGGAUCCGAUCUUUGAUGGAGAAAACUAAAUUUCUUCCAUUUGUCUCCGAAAUUACAAGGGCCGGAAAGAUGUUUGCAAAUGCGACCAUAAAAGCUCCAUUUCUUUGUGCACAAUUGCGAUUGUUGGAUGGGCAGUUCAAGAAUCAUCGGAAGGCUGCAUUUCAUGGUUUGAAGCAAAAAUUAGAAUAUUUACAGCAGAAAGGUCCUCUACCUAUACAUAUUUUUCUAAUGACUGAUCUUCCUGGAGAAAAUUGGGCUGACACUUACUUAGGUGAUCUAAUAAGCGAUUCGCUUCACUAUAAGGUAUAUUUCUUGAGAGAGGAUGAUGAGCUGGUCAGACAGGCAUCCAAACAGCUCAAGGAAGCUGGUUAUGAGCAGAGGUUUAUUCCAUAUUCGGACAAAGCAGCUGAUAAAAAGUAUUGUUUCAAUCAAAGGUUACCUGAUGUACUUCUUUAUGUGGAGCAGGCAGUAUGCAGCUGUGCUACGCUAGGCUUUGUUGGAACUGCUGGUUCAACUAUUUCUGAAAAUAUAGAGCUACUAAGAAAAUUUGGCAUGUGUUCAGGUCAAAGUUGACAGCUUUGUGAAAAUGGCUUGCAAAGUUUUAAAUUUUGUUCGAUUGAUGGAGGGCAAGUUCAUCUGAAUUUUGCACCUUAAAUCACGUCGCACCAGAAAGCCAUGUUUCUUGUUCUUGUUGCUUCAGGUGAUCAGUCUGCAACGCUAAUCCCAGCCAUCAAGUCCUUGUCAAAGUCAAGAGACAGCACGAUGUCAAGGGCCUCGUCUGGAUUUUGAUUCAAUAAGAUCGUAUCAUUUUCAUCCCAGCCAUCCAUCUGUCUUGUGAGUUGCGAAUAAAUGGCUAGGAUAGAUUCUUAUUGAUCAAAAUUUGCCUUUCCCCACUAUAGGUAUGAAUCUUCGCCAAAGUUGUUGGCAUAAGAAACAAAUCCUCCUAGUCCACUGGUCAGAAGACAGAAUGAUGUAAUUCUGCAGAAAACAGUGAAAAAAUAGAUGAAAAUUAUUGUCUUUCGAGAGGAUAGUCUAUCUUCUCCGUAGUGUUGAUACUUCACAGGAAAGUUUCUCCAGCCAUUUUCAAAAAAGUAAAAUACUUGUGAGUUACAAACUCACAAUGUGAAUUUUGUUAUCAUAGAUAAAAGUUCAGUUUCUGGCGGACUUGUUUCCUAUUCAUGUCUAACGGAAAAUAACCACUUUAA